CGGCGCUGCGGCCACCGGGCAGGCUUUUCUGCCUUGGGCCUCUUUUGUCGCAUGUGGCGCAGCUGUGAGUCCAGGCCCUGACUCCCUUGCCCCAGAAGGAAGAGUCCUUCCCGUCUGAAGAUGAACUCCAUGGAGCCCCUGGAGGUUGGUCCCAACGGGACUUGGCUGCGCGCACCUCGCUCCCAGGGAGGAAACAGCACUGCCGUCCCGGGGGACCUCCAGCACCUCAUCCACACGGCCACUUUGGUCACCUGUACUUUUCUACUGGCGGUCAUCUUCUGCCUGGGCUCUUACGGCAACUUCAUUGUCUUCUUGUCCUUCUUUGAUCCAGCCUUUAGGAAGUUCAGAACCAACUUUGAUUUCAUGAUCCUGAACCUGUCCUUCUGUGACCUCUUCAUUUGUGGAGUGACCGCCCCCAUGUUCACCUUCGUGCUCUUCUUCAGCCCUGCCAGCAGCAUCCCGGAUGCUUUCUGCUUCACCUUCCACAUCACCAGCGCCGGCUUCGUCAUCAUGUCCCUCAAGACCGUGGCGGUGAUCGCCCUGCACCGGCUCCGCAUGGUGCUGGGGAAGCAGCCCAACCGCACGGCCUCCUUUCCCUGCACCGUGCUUCUCACUCUGCUUCUCUGGGCCACCAGUUUCACUCUGGCCACCCUGGGCACCCUGAAAACCAGCAAGUCCCACCUCUGCCUUCCCAUGUCCAGUCUGACGGCGGGAGAAGGGAAAGCCAUCGUGUCUCUGUACGUGGUGGACUUCACCUUCUGUGUGGCGGUGGUGUCGGUCUCCUACAUCAUGAUUGCGCAGACGCUGCGGAAGAAUGCCCAAGUCAGGAAGUGCCCCCCGGUCAUCUCAGUGGAUGCUUCCAGACCGCAGCCCUUCAUGGGGGCCCCCGGGAAGGGAGGGGGCCAUCCUGUGCAGUGUACCGGGCCCGCUCUCUACCGGAACCAGAAUUACAACAAGCUGCAGCACAUUCAGACCCAUGGGUACCCCAAGAGCCUGAACCACAUGCCCACCCUGGCAGCUAGCCGGCUCCAGCUCGUGUCGGCUGUCAACCUGUCCACGGCUAAGGACUCCAAGGCAGUGGUCACCUGCGUGAUUAUUGUCCUGUCUGUCCUGGUGUGCUGUCUUCCCCUGGGGAUCUCCUUAGUGCAGGUGGUCCUGUCCAGCAAUGGGAGCUUCGUCCUCUACCAGUUUGAACUGUUUGGAUUUACCCUCAUAUUUUUCAAGUCAGGGUUAAACCCUUUUAUAUAUUCUCGAAACAGCGCGGGGCUGAGAAGGAAAGUGCUCUGGUGCCUCCAGUAUGUCGGCCUGGGUUUCUUCUGCUGCAAACAGAAGACUCGACUUCGAGCCAUGGGAAAAGGGAACCUGGAGGUCAACAGAAACAAGUCCUCCCAUCAUGAAACCAACUCUGCCUACAUGUUGUCUCCAAAGCCCCAGAAGAAAUUUGUGGACCAGGCUUGCGGCCCAAGUCACUCGAAGGAAAGUGUGGUCAGUCCCAAGAUCUCCGCUGGGCAUCAGCACUACGGUCAGAGCAGCUCAACCCCCAUCAACACCCGGAUUGAACCCUACUACAGCAUUUAUAACAGCAGCCCCUCCCAGGAAGAGAGCGUCCCGCAGAAUUUACAGCCAGUAAACUCUUUCGGAUUUGCCAAUUCCUAUAUUGCCAUGCAUUAUCACACCACUAAUGAUUUAAUGCAAGAAUAUGAGAGCACGUCGGCCAAGCAGAUCCCAGUGCCCUCCGUUUAGUGUCCUGGAAGCUGGAGACUCAUGCACAAACUGUUUUUGUUUUGGAUACUAAUGGAUUUCUUUUUCACUUUUGUGAGACCAACAGCAGAUGAAAACUUAACCGGUUCAGCGGAACGGUUGGCCGUUAGGAUUUUCUUCUGUCUGAAGUAUUGGCAUCUAUCAAUUAGCUUUGUGGUUUCCUGACGUUUUAAGAUUUGAUGUAAACAUUUAUAAUUUAGAUUUUUACCCUGACCUGUGCUCUGAUCUUUGGUACUAAACUUUUAAACCGAUGCCAAGAAUGAUCAUGCUAAUCUAUUAAAGGAGAAUGAACAGUUUGUGACUGU